AUGGCUGGUGAAAGUUCCAAGGGCAAGGGCCCAGUCCUCGACAUUGACGGCCACAACCUGCCUCCCUCACCGGCACCCAGCACGCCCCGCAGUGCAGGCAGGAAGUAUGCCCUUGCGACCGAGCUUGUCUACACCGAGAGCACCGAUCAGUACAACGCCAGCUCCGUCCCCAUCUACCAGUCCGCAACCUUCAAGCAGACCUCGGCGAGCGGCGGCGGCAGCGAGUAUGACUACACGCGCUCUGGCAAUCCUACACGAACCCACCUCGAGCGACACCUGGCCAAGAUCAUGAACGCGAACCGCGUACUCGUCGUUGGAUCCGGCAUGGGUGCCCUUGACGUCAUCACGCGCCUGCUGCGACCGGGCGAUGAAGUAGUAACCGGCGACGACUUGUACGGAGGAACCAACCGACUGCUGAAGUACCUCUCGACACACGGCGGCAUCAUCGUCCACCACGUAGACACGACGAACCCAGAGGCGGUGCGCAGCGUCGUCAACAGCAAGACCGCCAUGGUCCUGCUCGAAACACCCACCAACCCCCUCAUCAAGAUCUGCGACAUCCCCGCCAUCGCACGCAUGUCCCACGAUGCAAACCCCGCUGCCGUCGUCUGCGUAGAUAACACCAUGAUGUCGCCUAUGCUGAUGAACCCCCUUGAUCUCGGCGCAGAUGUCGUUUACGAAUCGGGCACCAAAUACCUCUCUGGCCACCACGACCUCAUGGCGGGUGUCAUCGCCAUCAACGACUCGGCGCUGAGCGACAGACUCUACUUCACCAUCAAUGCCUCCGGCUGCGGUCUCUCUCCCUUCGACUCCUGGCUGCUUCUCCGCGGCAUCAAGACCCUUGGCGUCCGCAUGGAGAAGCAGCAAGCAAACACCAUGCGCAUCGCCACGUUCCUUGAGUCACAUGGCUUCAAGGUGCGCUACCCGGGCCUGAAGUCGCACCCGCAGUACGAUCUGCACUGGAGUAUGGCCAGAGGCGCGGGUGCUGUCUUAUCCUUCGAGACUGGCGAUGUCACCGUAUCUGAACGCAUCGUCGAGAGCGCGAAGAUCUGGGCCAUUAGUGUAUCCUUCGGCUGUGUCAACUCCUUGAUCAGCAUGCCGUGCCGUAUGAGCCACGCCAGUAUCGAUGAGAAGACCAGGCGCGAGCGCAGCAUGCCUGAGGACAUCAUCAGGUUGUGCGUUGGUAUUGAGGAUGCUGAUGAUCUGAUCGAUGACCUCAGCCGCGCACUCGUACAAGCUGGCGCCGUCAACCUGACGACCGAAAACUUCAGCGCCGUCAAACUGUCCUCCGCCGCCGAGGACCUGCCUGCUGUUGCACCUGCCACCGAGGACUAA